UCCUGCACGCGGGAGGAGACUCGCUCGAGUCGACUGUCAUUCGCGGACCAAAACCCUGACUGGACAUUAUUACCUUUAUUUCAAUAGAUAUCUGUGUAGCGUAGAGCUGUUUUAUCAUAUCUUACGAGAGUUUAAACCUGGAACAUACUUAAUAUAAUAACGUUACCCAGGGCCACGUUUACUUGUGCGACUUGGAAAGAGUUUUAUUCCCAAGAGAACUCCCGACGCGUUUGGUCUUCCUAAGAUAUUGGAGGACGCGUUUAUAAAGGCUUUUUAGGACAGCUUUCCGUUCCCUUUUUAAUAUUAUUUCGUUAUUCGACCGGUUUUUAUUCAUUUGCUUCUCGCUUUCUAUUCGAUUUAAACGCUAGCUAGUCUAAACUAGCCGAGUCCAGUAAAAAUGGGGUUACACCCGUUGGAGUUUAGUGAGUGUUACCUGGACUGUCCUGCUUUCAGGGAGAAAAUCAAAGCUCAUGAAGCAGAGCUGGACAAAACCGGCAGGUUUAUCAAAGAGCUGUAUAAGGAUGGAAAGAAUCUCAUCAAUGCCACAAAGCAGCUUUCAUUGGCCCAGAAGAAGUUUGCUCAGUGCCUGGGUGAGUUCAAAUUUGAGUACAUCGGCGAUGCCAAAACUGACGAUGAGAAGUGCAUUGAUGAAUCAUUGCAAGAAUUCUCCUCCUUUCUUAGAAACUUGGAAGACCAAAGAGAUCUGAUGAUGAGAAACAUCACAGAGACACUGAUGAAGCCUUUAGAAAAGUUUCGGAAAGAGCAUCUUGGCUCAGCAAAGGCAGAGAGAAAGAGGUACGAGAAGGAAACAGAGAAGUACUACAGCUCACUAGAGAAACUUUUGAACAUGUCAGCAAAGAAGAAAGAGCCACAAUUACAGGAGGCAGACAUGUCGGUGGAAGCGAUGAGGCAGCACUUUCAGGAGUCGUCUCUGGAGUAUGUUUGCAAGCUGCAGGAGAUACAAGAGAGGAAGAAGUUUGAGUGUGUCGAGCCUAUGCUGGCGUUCUUUCAGACUGUAUUUACUUUCUAUCAUCAGGGAUACGAGUUGGCCAAAGACUUUGACCAUUAUAAAAAAGCCCUUCAAAUCAAUAUUCAAAAUACACGGAGUCGUUUUGAGGGCACACGCUCUGAGGUGUACGAGUUAAUGAAGAGAAUCAAAGAGUCGCCACAGGAAUACAGACAGACCAGCCCCAUCAGUAGUGAGGGCUAUCUUUACGUACAGGAGAAACGACCUCCUCCUUUCGGAUCCAGCUGGGUGAAACGCUAUUGCACGCUUGUCAAAGAACAGAAAAUUCUGCACAUGAAGACAUUUGACCAGAGAUCAGGCGGGAAGCUUGGUGAGACAGAGUCUGUUACAAUCAAGUCUUGCAUCCGCAAAACCACAGACACUCUUGACAGGAGGUUCUGCCUAGACAUAGAGAUCACAGACCGACCAAUCACAGUCCUGACGGUCCAGGCACUCUCAGAAGAUGACCACAGAUUCUGGAUGCAUGCGAUGGGAGGAAAGGAACCGAUGCAGUAUCUCAACCGGACACAUUCACGAGAAAGAGGAAUUGAUGCCCAGUUGGAUGACGUGGGAAUAAGCUUUGUGAAAAAUGCAAUAAAUGCCAUUGAAACCAGAGGUAUUAAUGAUCAAGGUCUGUACAGAGUUGUCGGGGUCAGUUCAAAAGUACAGAAGCUUCUCAGUUUAAUGAUUGAUGAGAAGAGCAGUGGAAUAGAUUUAGCAGCCAGUGAGGACUGGGAUGUCAAAACCAUCACCAGUGCUUUAAAACUUUACCUGAGGAGUCUUCCAGAGCCACUAAUGACAUACGAGCUGUAUAAGGAGUUCAUCGUCCCUGCAAAGAGAUUCGUCGCAGAAUCUAGAGUUCAGGCCAUUCACUGCCUGGUUCAUAAACUGCCAGAGAGGAACAGAUUAGUGCUCAGUCUGGUUACCAAGCAUCUUGCCAAUGACUGGGCAGACGUGUCUCCUCAAAAUAUAGAGUGGGAUUUGCUGGCAGCCAAGGAUGUGCAAUUGAAGAUAUUCGGGGAUGCUCCGAGCAGCUCUCCAUCUUUAGCUGCUACACCCCUCUCUGCGCCAACCAGACAGUCCAAGAGGCUCAGCCGGCAGAAUCGCCCGCUGGCUGUAUACAACCCGCAGGUGCUGGAUAUUCAAACAGUCUCUCCAUCCUCUGAGAGUCCAGCCCUGGUUAAUGAUGAGACAUCAGUGAGCAGUAAUGAGUCGGUCUCCUCCCAGUCUUCGAACGCCUCUGGAACACCCCCCAUGAAAUCUAAGAAUCAUCACGCCACCAUUAGCACAUCCCUGCCAGAGAACACCGGGAUAUGUACUGCCACAGCUUCAUGGAUGAAUUCUGCCUCCCCUGCCUCAGUUACACCAGUGAAACCUGGAUCAGUAGGAACUGAGAAGAAUAAACCUGAGGAAUGUGUCACCCUCAUGAAAGCAAAGGCUGUGUACCCCUGUGAGGCUGAACACGAUUCUGAACUCUCUUUCCAGGUUGGCGCAAUCUUCCAUGACGUGACACUCUCCAGGGAGCCCGGAUGGCUGGAGGGUGUGCUGGAGGGAAAGCGAGGACUCAUCCCUGAAAACUAUGUGCAGAUACUGUAACUCCGAAAAGAACUAUCCUCACACUUCUCUUUAUAUACAUGGCAUCCAUGGUCUCGGUGGCUCUUUCACAAUGGCACUGCUUGUCGUUCCUCCAUCCUUCUCCACACUGAGAAAAAUAUAUAUAUACUGUAUCCAAAAACACAGAUAUUGCAAGCACAGGAGUUAAGUUCAAGUAUAAGCUAAGAUGUGCUGUAUACAUACAAAGAGACUGCACUUUUAGAAAUGUAAAUAUACAUUUGUGUGGGAAAAUAUGCAUCCGUCAUUGUGACGUGUUGUCCUCUUUUUCUUUUUUUAAUUGCAUGUCAUAAUUUUAGCCAAGUAGUUUGGGUUAUUUAGCAUUUGUAUACUCAAUACUCAAAGAUACCUUGAGUGUCUUUGUAUUUAAUAUUAUCAAGUUGCAUUUAAUUGGGCAUGUGAUGAUGUAUAGUAAAACGUGUAACCUUAUGACAGUGCAGUGAACAUUGUCAGUUUUGUGUCUUGGUUCAUUGGAACACUAGAGCAACGCUUAUUAGACAUAAAUUUAGUGCUUGUCGGUUAUUGAUAUUGAAAUUGGUAUGCAAUUAUUAAAUCUUUCGCAUUGAUUAAAACUGAUGCUGUGCCUUAAAUUUAUUAUGCAUGGCAUGUUGGGACGCUGUUCAAUAACUCGAACAGAACAACUUGUUUUGCUAUUCUGUAUAUAGGUUUUAACGUCUUUUCGAAAAAUAGAGACCGAUAAAUAAAGUAACCCAUACAAUGACGUCAAAUUACAUAUUGCCAAGUCUUACAUCUGUGUUGUAUACAUAGAAUUAUUUUCGUGCAAAGCAACUUAAAAGCCAAGCACUUUCCCUCUUUAAAGUUUUAAAGUUUACCACAUAGUUUUUGCAGAAACCUUAAAAAUGGCAGGACUUCACUGAUGUUUAAUGAGACCAUUUUCAUUUUUCUAAGAGCCCUUGUUCCACGGGUUCAUAUUUGUGACUGAGCGUAUCUGCGGUGAUUUCAGACAGUGAUUUAUGACCUCUGCAAAGGUCUUGGCAUUGGUAUCAUUUUUUUGAUGUUGAUCAAUGUUAAAUAAAUAAAGCGUUUUAUUCUUA